AGGAGGGGCCUGCGUGUCCUCAUAAAGCCACAGUUCAGUCUCAGAGUGGAGCGCAGAAGGCUACAAACAUGGCACUCGUCGUGGGUUCCCUCACUGUUCCCCUGCUGGCUGGGACGCUUUUCGUGGCUCUGUUGACGUACCUCACCUGCAGGCAGCUCAGCAGCUACUGGCACAAGUGGUAUGAAAUGAAGCCCAUUCCUGAGAUCGCAGGAACUUUGCCCUUCAUAGGAAACGCUCUGGAGUUCAAGACCAACGCGGGAGAUUUCUUUCGUCAAAUUGAAGACUACACCCGUCAGUUCAGUGACCUGCCGCUCUUCAAACUCUGGCUCGGUCCUCUGCCUUUUGUGAUCCUAUAUCAUGCUGAGACUGUCGAGCCUAUUCUGAGCACCUCCACUCAUUUGGACAAAGCCUACGUCUACAACUUUCUCCAUCCCUGGCUGGGAGCUGGUCUGCUAACCAGCACGGGCCCGAAAUGGCGGCAGAGGAGGAAGAUGCUCACUCCCACCUUCCACUUCUCCAUCCUGGCCGACUUCCUGGAGGUGAUGAACGAGCAAGCGGAGAUUCUGGUGGAGAAGCUGGAGAAGAAGGCGGGGAAGGGAAUGUUCAACUGCUUCAGUCACAUCACACUGUGCGCUCUGGACAUCAUCUGUGAAACUGCCAUGGGGAAGAAAAUCUACGCUCAGAGCAACUCGGAGUCAGAAUAUGUCAAGUGUGUUUACAAGAUGAGCGACAUUAUCAGCCGUCGACAGAGGACGCCCUGGUUUUGGCCCAACUUCAUGUACAAUUACUUCGGCGAAGGCAAGGAGCACGACAAAACACUGAGGAUCCUUCACGCCUUCACGUACAAAGUGAUUCACGAAAGAGCGGAGAACAUUAACAACGUCGAAUCAGACAGCGAGACGGAAAACGGCAAAAAGCGGAGGGCGUUUCUGGACAUGCUCUUGAAGGCCACAGAUGAGGAGGGCAACAGCAUGAGCCAUCAGGAGAUCCAGGAGGAAGUCGACACGUUCAUGUUCGAGGGCCACGACACCACAGCUGCCGCCAUGAACUUCGCCCUUCAUCUGCUGGGCUCCCAUCCUGAGGCUCAGAAGAAGGUCCAUCAAGAGCUCCACGAAGUGUUCGGAACGUCGGAUCGGCCCAUUAACACCGAGGACCUGAAGAAGCUCAAAUACCUGGAGUGUGUCAUCAAGGAGUCGCUGCGGCUGUUCCCCUCCGUACCCUUCUUCGCCCGCACCAUCUGUGAAGACUGCCACAUCAGAGGUUUCAAAGUUUCCAAAGGAGCCAACGCCAUCAUCAUCACCUACGCGCUGCACAGAGACCCCCGCUACUUCCCUGAACCCGAGAAGUUCAAGCCUGAGCGCUUCCUGCCCGAGAACUCCGUGGGGAGACCUCCGUAUGCCUACGUCCCCUUCUCUGCUGGGCUCCGCAACUGCAUUGGCCAGCGAUUUGCCAUCAUGGAGGAGAAAGUUGUGCUAGCGUCCAUCCUGCGGAACUUCACGGUCGAGGCGUGUCAGGAGCGCGAGGAGCUGCGGCCGGUGGGAGAGCUGAUCCUGAGACCGGAGAAAGGGAUCCUGAUCAAACUGGAGAAGAGGAGGCAGCAGUCGUAGUCACCUGCGUCAGGUUCAUGUCUCCUGAAUUCAUCCUUGGAUCUAAAUGAAUUUCCACACUGUGGCUUCAGAUUUGGGGCACAUCAAGUUGCAGAUACAUUUUUGUUGUAUCAACAUCACAAACACGCAAUUGCGUUUUUUUGCUUGGAAAAUAAAGUGAA